AUGCCCCUCGAGCGCCCAUCCGUAAGUUUGUCAGGUGUGGAUGGCGAUGACCCUGAGAUGCAGCGCGUGAAGGCUGUGUGCAAAUUCACGCGCCCGAUGUGCAAAGAGAAUCUGGCGGACGUCAAAAGCUACAGUACCUUCGUGGAUGAGAUGCUGAAGGCAGCCCCGCCCGCCGAAACUUGGCAGGCGGCAUGGCAGUACUUUGCCUUGAGCAAGCUCUCGGCCGAAGAGGACCGGGAUGAAGCCAAUCACAUGCUAGUGACUACAAUGUUGGCAUUCUCAGCCAACCCGGCUUACUCCGCAAGACUUACGAGGGCAUUGGCAGACUUGGUUAGGUCCCACAAGAUUAGGCUUCGAGUCUUCAUUGAAGCUGUUAACGAUGCAGUCGCCCAGAUCCGAGGCCGCAUCAGAAAUGAGCCAGAGCUGAUGGAGGAGGUUAUUCCAAGCCUGCUAGCGUACCUAUACCCAGCGGUUUCUCCCAACAGUCGUGGCACUCAUAGCUGGUACCGGCCAGGUUGGAUCUUCAGAGAUUGGAUGAAAAUGGUCAACAGCUUGCUGGGAAACUUGGAGGAGCUUUGCGUGCUGGAGUUGUUGGACAAGGUCCUCAAACUCUUGGAGGCGUUGCCAGAUGGUCAAGUACAUCAACUCUCCAAGCUCAGGGAGUUCCUAGACACAGUGGGAGAGUCAAAUCCUGAACAAGCUCCAUAG